AUGGCAGAGGAAACAGGCCCCAGCAGGCAAAGUGAUGUACUCAAGGUCACCCAGGACACACUUAAGUGGCUUCCCAAGUCUCCCAGGUACUGUGUUGGCCCUAACUGGAACCUGCAGGAUUCCCAGUGGAGCUCAUUAAAAGGAAAGGAAAAUUUUCACCAAGGUUUUCUGUACAAACUCAGACCAUCCAAAGAAAACUGGAAGGAAGGAAGAGUCAGUCCAGAGCAAGAAGCAGAGGAGUUAGAUGAUCUAUAUGAAGAUGAGCCUGUAGUCAAGAUUUCUAGCAGUCUCUUUGAUCCCAGAGAGAUCAACAGGGACCCAAGAACCACCUGGAUAGGUUCUCAUGAGAGGCAUAAAACAGCAGUAACAGGAGGGCUGCUUGCUGAGGCUAAAGGGAAGGGGCAGAUUUCUCUCAUCCCUCCAGCUGACCAGUUUUACACCAGGAACAACAGGUUCUCUGAAGAGACCCAAGGUCACAUUCCAGGAGCCAGAGAGCUGACACAGCAACACUUGAAGAAUGUCAGACAUGUGGGAAUGCAUUUAAUAAAUUGUCUGUGUUCUGAGGGAACUGUUGCUGCCCAACUGUCCAGAAAAAAUUCAGUAGAAAUGACUGGAAUACCAGCAAAAAACAAAGAGCCAGAGGAAACCGUUGUCUCAGCAUCGAACUCCCUGGAUUCCAAUGAUAGCUUUAUCGCUAGUCCAUUCCAGACCAUGAAUCACAUUAUGACAAUACCUCGAAUCAUCCUAACUCACCCUUCCACUUCAGAUGAGGACACUGACCUACUGUCUCAAGAUCCAGAUGACUUCAGGAGGGAAGACAUCACUGUUGAUGGUGUCCUGCUCCAUUCAGACUGUCUGAAUAAUGCUUCUUAUCCUCCCUAAUAAAAUGAUCCCACUGAAGAGCUUGUUUUUUAUAGUUAAACUUUGGCUAACACUGAACCACAAUGCCUUAUUCAUAGGUUAGCAGGUUUGCAGGAAUGUCGACUUUUAAUUGGGACAAACAAAACUCAUUGCUCUUUAAUUCACCUCACCUUCAAAGUAAGAAAGAUGAUUCCUUUGGGAUUCUGUGCCCUUGGAAAUGUAAUGAUUUGAAUCAAGGGACAUCCAUGAUUACCUUAACAUUUCUUGGGUGCACUUUUAAGUGCACUUUACAAGCAUUCCAUAGUUACUGCCAGUGAGAGAACAUAAGGGUAGUUUUAAUCUUUACAUUUCACUGGGGGAAAUGGUAAAAGCAAUUGUAUAGAUUUUUACCUUAUUCUAUUAUGCUCCCCAGAUGCGGCCUAUUCUUUGCUUCAUUUAUAAAAUCUCUUAG